AUGCAUUUUACCAAGGCCAUCUUCUCCGUCUUUGCCUUCUCCGCUCUGGCAUCUGGUGCCCUCUUCGAGCGCGAGCUCUACGAGCGUGAGCUUGAUGGCGAGGACCCUAUCAUGAUCGUCCGAGAGCUCCGCGAGGACUACCUUGAGGCUCGUGACAGCUUCAUUGAGGCACGCGACUUGUUCCUUCGCGCCCCCUCGUUGGGAACCUGCCGUAGCGCCGGUACGCACACCAAGGCCCUGCAGUGCAGAGUCAGCACCGAUAACUGCGGUCCUUGCAAGGAGGGACAGAAGGUUGGCGACGGUUGCUUCUGCAAACCGGACUAUGUGCGAAAGCAGGAUGGAAAACUCCCUUCGGUCAAGUCGGUGACCGGUAAGAAGACCAAGCAAUAA